UCAUUUAGAAUUUUAUUUCUGGCCGGAUGACUUGCAUAUAUUUUGAACAACGACAAAAUCACGUAGUUUAAAAAGUUUUUUUUUGUCAAAAUUGCUUUUUUUGAUACGAAGUUUGAUUGUUUCUAUAACUUUAUCGCACAAUGCCGGUGCCACGUAUGCUCGCCCAAGAUGUUGAGAAAGCGUCUGAAACAAACGAGACCUUCGAGAACAAAAUCCAAGAACUGCCGAGUAUCAAGUUGGAUCCGAGUUUGGAAGGAGCAACAUCACUUGCAUUUAUCGGGAGUUGCAGUGAGGCCGAAUCUAAGAAAGGAGUUGGCGACAGGAAGUUCGUUUGUGGACAUGGAAACGGUGCUAUAACAAUCUUCAAAUGCGACGCUGCCACUCGACAAAACCCAGUACAAACUCUCAAACUGGGCUCAUCAUCCGGACUGCCAAUCAUGAAGGUGCUGCCUCACCCCACAAAUCCAGAUCUAAUUUUUUCCGCGAGUGUGGACGGAAAUAUUUAUCAGAGUAGCAUCACAAAACACAACACGUCGAUUUUUCAUAAAGAAGAGGGAAACGAGCCAAUGUCUCUCUGUUUCUGUGAUGACGUCACUGUCCUCAUAUCAGCCGGAAGAGACACCCAUGUCAGAAUGUAUGACCCAGUCACCAAUCAGAUCACACGUGCAUACCAUGGAUCCAAAACUGACAGGACAUCCAGCUCGAACAGCAGCACUUGCCGUCCCUCUAAGAAAGUGUUUGCUCUGAAAGAGUCCCCCUCACACCCUCACUGUUUCUACUCAGCCGGGUGGGACAACUCCAUCAAGAUGUGGGACUGCCGUACUUCUGAGGGCGUUAUCAGCAGCAUGAGUCACAAGAACUCCCCGCACGUUUGUGGUGACGCUCUCGACGUCAAGGUAUGUGGUGGAAUUGGGUUGGAGACCAUCCUGACAGCUUCCUGGACAUCCAAGAGGGCACUGCAACUGUGGGAGCCGAACAGUGACAAACUGCUGCGAAGUGUGCGCUUCCCCAGCAGAAAAGACGACGGCGAAUAUCUCUAUUCGAGUCGAUUCGUCAACGAUUCAGUAGUGGUGGCCGGUGGAUCCGGGUCUAAAGAUGCCGUCUUCAUCAAUUUUCACACCUCUGAGCCCCUACUAGCUGUUGGAUCCGGUUCAAACCCCAUAACCGCGAUUGAUAAUGACGUCACAACUGGACUCACGCUGAUUGGGGGAACAAAUUAUGACGUCAUCCAUCUGACCAAAACUGAAACUGCAUUUUAGUCUCCCGCCCUGAUUAUAAUAACUACUGUAGUUUGAUUGAUGUAGAUAGUCUGAAAAAACGCGGUGAUCUUGACAAUGCU